UCGUUGACAUUCUUUUGGGGAAGCUGUUAUCUAUUUGUGUAAUGGUAAUUAAUCACAUUGUUUGUUGAUGAGGUGAAAGAGUAGUGACUUCCUCAGGGUGGAUUGGAAGAGAGAAUUAGUCUUUUUUGAACCUCGAAAGGGAGGUCCUCGUGAUUCCACCGGGUUUUUCAUGAAAUAUUAAAGAUCAUUCAUACAUAGCAUAGUCGAGGCUCGCCCACUUCUUAGUUCUUAGAACUAGUGUGCUCUGGAUGGAAGAGUUAACCGGAUAGGUGGGACGGAGUGGAGGAAACAGCUAGAUUCCAGGCGAUCGAGCUCUCUCUUCCAACAAUUUUUUGUCCCAAAAAUCCACAAGAACAUUCUAUGGUCUUGAGCAGUAGUUACAUUAAAAUCCUUCGUCAUAUCUAACCAUACAUAAAGAGACAAUCUUAAGAGAUCAUUUGAAGAAACAAGUUGUUGAUAGUUUCCCUUUCAACAGAAAGGGGAUGGUUUUUCAUUCUAGUCACUAUGGAAGUUGAUAUUGGAAUUUCCUGCUGCAACAAGAAUAUAACUUUGGAGAAUCCGACACCAGUUAAUGAAUCGAAAAGGCCAGGAGAAAAUCACAUGAGCACUUCUGUGUUCGUAAAUCAUGCUGCAAUUUCAUGGCAUGAGAGCAGGAGAAAAUGGAUUGGAGAUCUAUCUCAGAGGCCGGAAAGGGUGCCAAAGGAUCCAAUUAUAAGCUGGUCAAUGACCUAUGAAGACUUGCUUUCAACUAAUGACCCUUUUUCCGAACCAAUCCCUUUACCUGAGAUGGUAGACUUUUUGGUUGAUAUCUGGCAUGAUGAGGGGCUUUUCGACUAGAUAAUCAUAUUCUAGGUCUUUUCGGAGGCUUUCUAUCUGCACAGCAAUGUGAAAUAUAGUUGAAACUUGAAGCUUCAGUAUCCAUUUAACUUCGAAUCUUAGUUGUUGUAACAAUAGUUAAAUCACUCUAAUCUUAUAGUUGUUUGGAUUGUUUAUAAUUUGUAUAUGGUUAAGACUUCCAGACAGAGAUAGCCAUGUACAGUAAUUUCGAUGUAUUAUUGUACCUUAUUCAUAGAACAAACUGAACUGCCUUUACAAAAUUGUUAUGGACAUCAUAUGUUAUUGCUGCUGCUUUGAUGGCAUUUGGUACCCA